AUGCUAGGACCAAAAAUCCAAAUAGUUUCAAGAAAAUUCAUAAAUCCAUCAAAUCCAACUCCAAAGCACCUUCAAAGCUUCAAGUUAUCCGUUUUUGAUAGACUUGCUCCUGCAUCCCAUAUCAAGAUCGUUCUGUAUUUUUCCAACAAUGAAGAACACAAAGCUGAAAACAAUUAUCAAAGACAACUAUCCGAAUUGGAGGAAUCAUUGGCCCACACUUUAUCCAAGUUUUACCCACUAACUGGAAGACUUGUCAAAGAUCAAGAACAACUCUUUAUUGAUUGCAGUGACCAAGGGGCUGAAUACUUGGAAACAAAAGUAGAUAAAGAACUUGCUGAGUUCCUUCACCAAGGAGUUAAAGAUGGGAGUUUGGAUCAACUUUUACCACAAGAAGUUGGUGCAGCAGACUCUGCCACAAGUCCAUUACUGACUAUCCAAACCAAUUUAUUUGAUUGUGGAGGACUUGCUCUUGGGGUGUGUGUUUCCCAUAAAGUUGCAGAUACUUCUACAGUUGUUUCAUUCAUCAACGAAUGGGCCAAAUCAAAUCAAGGAGAGAUCAAUAAUAAGACAUGGGAAUGA